AUGGACUCCCGUGUUGGCCUUCCAACAAUAGGGGAUCGUAAUGCUCUAGUCAAGGAUCAGAUCUGUGCUAUCGCAAGUCCUGGGACUACGUCUAAGGCUUUGGCUAUACUAUGUGUAACGGGAGAAUGCGAUCAUCAAUACUACGAUGCCUACGAGAGCAAUAUGAAGCAAGCCCUGUUCGUUGCAUACGCUAAUGAGCAGAUCGUCUACGGCCUGUGGCUGUGGCUGCAGGCCGUCGACCAAAAUGCGCCUGGUCAAUGGCUGGCAUAUCAGGACUAUGGUGCCGAGGGACAUUUUGCCGUUCUUCAACGGGAUUACUGCAUUGCCUGUGCUUGCAAGAUGAUUCAGGAGGGCUUCAGCAGUCGUGACGGUCAUUCGUCCAAAGUCAUUCGCAUAAUUUAUGGAAGGCUUGCUCGCCAAGAUAUGGAAUGA